GCCAACGCUCGAUCGACGUCUUAAAGUUGGCCAAAAAGGCGGCCAAGAGCCCCGAGGAACAUUCAGUCAAGCCGCGAUCGUCGAGCUCAACGGACGUCUAUCUUGAAACCCGUUCUCGUACCGGGAAUCGAAGUGAACUAUUUAUUGUGUACUGACCGGAAAAUUCUUAUUGGCCAAGAAAGGUCUGCCAAAGAUCUCAAGCGAUCUCCCGGCGCAUUUUUUGUGCUUAUUUUUGUGUAAUUCUCAUUGAAUGUCUCUGAACGCCGAACGUUCGUACAAAAUGAAGCUGCGCGAUGUGGAAAAUGCCUUUAAAUAUCGGCGUAUACCGUACCCCAAGCGUUCGGUGGAGCUGAUAGCCCUGCUGGCUAUUUCGUGCACCUUUUUCCUAUUCAUGCACACGAAUAAGCUGAACAGUCGCCUCAAGGAGAUGGAGGUGAAGCUGCAGCCCUCGGAGUUCUCGGCCCUGGGUAUUACCGGCAAUCACAUCAGUGGACACGAUGCGGGCAAACACGACGAUAUCAAUACCCUGCAUGGCACCUAUCAGUACCUGAAGAGCACUGGCCAGAUGGCUUCUCUUAAUGUCAGGGACUUGAACAACACUCGUAAGGCUCAAAUGGAACUGGUGUUCUUCAAUCGAGUUCCCAAGGUGGGAAGCCAAACCUUUAUGGAGCUCCUUCGCCGGCUUUCAGAGCGUAACAAUUUCCAGUUCCAUCGGGAUGCUGUCCAGAAAGUGGAGACCAUUCGAUUGGCAGAGGAUCAGCAGCAGGAAAUGGCUGAGGUGAUCAGCGAGCUGCCGGAGCCAUCGGUGUUUAUAAAGCACGUUUGCUUCACCAACUUCACAAAGUUCAAUCUACCCAAACCGAUUUACCUGAAUGUGGUUCGUGAUCCCGUGGAGCGAGUGAUCAGUUGGUUCUACUACGUCAGGGCUCCUUGGUACUUUGUGGAGCGUAAAGCUGCCUUUCCGGACCUUCCGCUCCCUCAUCCUGCCUGGUUGAAAAAGGACUUUGAGACUUGUGUCUUGAGCGGCGACCAGGAGUGCACUUACACCCAAGGAGUUACAGUCGAGGGCAUUGGCGAUCAUAGAAGGCAGAGCUUGUUUUUCUGUGGCCACGACUACGAGUGCACACCCUUUAACACUGUGGGUGCCUUGGAAAAAGCCAAGUUCGCUGUGGAGCAGCAAUAUGCCGUUGUCGGUGUUCUGGAAGAUCUGAAUACUACACUCUCAGUGCUGGAAAAAUAUGUGCCCCGAUUCUUUGAGGGUGUUAGGGAUAUAUAUGCAACCAGUGCCGAAUACUUGACGAAGAUCAAUAAAAACAACUUCAAGCCGCCAGUCAGUGAGCAUGUAAAGGAUAUAGUGCGUCGCAACUUCACAAACGAGAUCGAGUUCUACCAGUUCUGUCGCCAGAGACUCCACAAACAAUAUUUGGCCGCCCAUUUGCCACAGCGCAUUAUUACAGAUUCGGCACAACAUUUUCCAGCCCUCUUGGGCAAUUAAAAUGUAAAUUGAGCAAACAAUAUUGAAAAACUCACGAACAAAUUGUAAAAAAACAAACAAGACAUACAAAAUCUUACUUGAAACUGUAGUCAGCUAAGUUCCCCAAUACGUUGUAGCGAAUUAAUUGUUUUCUCUUGUGUAUAUUUUCAAAGUGGUUAUCAAAAAAUAUGACAAAUCCAUCUUAUAUUUAUAUUGAUUAGUAAGUACUUAAUGUUAGAAUGACCUGAAUUUGAAUUGUGAUGUCUUCAAGUGAACUGUUGAAAUUUUUGUUUUAGUAUUUUAGUUGUAAGAUUGCGAUAAUACAUUGUAUAAACUAAUAAAUGAAUAUUUUUAAGAACA